CACCUGUUGCGCUACUUCACUUGCUUCUGAGAUUUUUAGCCAUCUUAAAGACAACAUAGCGCUGGCCCGGAAUGUAAAAAUGUAACCUCGUGCCUUACAGAUUCAAACCUUGUGUUUAAGUAAAAUUAAAUACCAUUUACUCGACUUAAAUAUCGACCAGAUAAGCUUCAGCCAAUCGCCUGCCGAUGCGACAUCUCCUCCCAUUAACGUGUCCCUCCUCCGGGCAGUAUGGCUGCCGUCCUGUAGCCUGUUCUCAGAUGUGUGCCACUAUCUCAUGCGAGACUAAAGACCUGGAAACAUGUCGGCCUUGAUUUUGCUGAAAAGCUCGCUGAGCAGACUGCCGCAGAGCGUUGCUCGGCAGGUUGUCGGCUGCAGUUAUCACACCGAGAGAGGUGUUUACGGGUACCGACCCAAGAGCACCGAGCGGGACCAGAAGUGGCAGAGCGAGCGGGUGGCUGCACUAAAUCAAGAUCAUGCUCUAGCUAGACUGGUGGAGGCAUACAGAGCUCACGGACACAAGGCUGCUAAAAUUAACCCUUUGCUAUCCCAAAAGCCUGUUGUUGACAGUGUCCCGGAGAUUAGCAUGCUGACUGGCACCAUGAGUGGACAACUCAACACCUCAGACAGUGGAGUCACUGACAUUGUGAUCGGCAUGCCUCACCGAGGCCGACUCAACCUCCUGACAGGCCUGCUCAAGUUCCCACCUGAGCUUAUGUUCCGUAAGAUGCGUGGCCUCAGCGAGUUCCCCGACACCUCGCCGGCCAUUGGUGACGUCCUCUCCCACCUCACCUCUUCGGUGGAGUUAGAUUUCAGAGCCAAACACCCCCUUCAUGUCACCAUGCUGCCCAACCCAUCUCACCUUGAGGCCAUCAACCCCGUGGCUCAGGGCAAAACCAGAGCCAGGCAGCAGCUCCGGAAAGAAGGGGACUACUCGCCUGAAGACGACGCCCAACCUGGGGACCAAGUCAUCUGUCUGCAGAUUCACGGCGACGGCUCGUUCACUGGUCAAGGCAUCGUUCCUGAAACUCUGACCCUUUCAAAUCUUCCUCACUACAGAGUGGGUGGGAGCAUCCACCUCAUCGUGAAUAACCAAGUGGGCUACACCACCCCGUCGGAAAGAGGACGAUCGUCUUUGUACUGCAGUGAUGUUGGUAAGAUGGUGAACUCUGCCGUGAUCCAUGUAAACGGAGAUGAUGCCGAGGAGGUGCUGCGAGCCGCUCGCCUGGCUGUCGACUACCAGCGGCACUUCAGGAAAGAUGUCAUCCUGGACCUGAUCUGUUACCGUCAGUGGGGCCACAAUGAGCUGGACGAGCCUUUUUUCACCAAUCCGGCAAUGUACAAGAUCAUCCGGUCUCGAAAGAGCAUCCCAGACGCCUACUCAGACCAGCUGAUUUCAGAGGGUCUGAUGACAGAGGUUGAGCGUGACGAGAUCAAAACCAAAUACUACAGCAUGCUCAACGACAAGCUGUCCAACAUGACCCUGUACAGCCCUCCACCCACCAACCUGCAGGGCCGCUGGGGGGAUCUUGUUGAACCCCAGGCUAGAGUCACCACCUGGGACACUGGUGUCCCCAUUCCUCUGCUGCAGUUUGUGGGAGUGAAAUCUGUGGAUAUCCCUGAGCAAAUCCAGCUGCACAGCCACCUCGGAAAAACCCACGUACAGGCCCGGCUGCAGAAACUGGAAGAGGGAACCAAACUAGACUGGUCGACAGCAGAGGCCCUCGCUUUCGGCUCUCUCCUCUGCCAAGGUUUUAAUAUCCGUAUCAGUGGACAGGACGUUGGAAGAGGUACAUUCAGUCAGCGGCAUGCCAUGGUUGUGUGCCAGGACACUAACGACAUGUACAUCCCUCUGAAUCACAUCAGCCCCGAGCAGACAGGUUUCCUGGAGGUGUGUAACAGCCCGCUGUCUGAAGAGGCCGUGCUCGGAUUUGAAUACGGCAUGAGCAUCGCGCAGCCGAAGCUUCUGCCCAUCUGGGAGGCUCAGUUUGGAGAUUUCUUUAACGGAGCGCAGAUUGUCUUUGACACCUUCAUCUCGGGAGGUGAAGCCAAGUGGCUGCUGCAGUGUGGGAUGGUGAUCCUGCUGCCUCAUGGAUACGAUGGCGCUGGACCUGAACACUCCUCCUGCCGUAUGGAGCGCUUCCUCCAGAUGUGCGACAGUAAGGAGGAGGGUGUGGACAGCGAUACUGUGAACAUGUCAGUGGUCAACCCCACCACCUCCGCUCAGUACUUCCAUCUGCUUCGGAGGCAGAUGGUUCGAAACUUCCGCAAACCUCUCGUUGUUGUGGGACCCAAGACUCUGCUGAGAUUUUCCGGGGCCGUGUCCAGUUUGACUGAGAUGGCACCAGGAACGUCUUUUAGGCCAGUGCUGGGUGAUACUUCUGUGUCAGCAGAAAGUGUCCAGAAGGUGGUGCUGUGCUCUGGGAAGCACUACUAUGCUCUGCUGAAACAGAGGGAGACAUCAGCAGCCAACCAGAACACAGCGCUCAUCCGCGUGGAGGAGCUGUGUCCGUUCCCUCUGGAUGCCCUGCAGCAGGAGCUCAAAAAAUACCCCAAAGCCAAAGAGUUCAUUUGGAGCCAGGAGGAGCCUCAGAACAUGGGGCCCUGGUCUUUUGUAGCUCCCAGGUUUGAGAAGCAGCUGGCCUGCAAGCUCCGGUUAGUGAGCCGGCCCGCUCUGCCCGCCCCUGCUGUCGGCAUCGGGACCCUUCAUCAUCAGCAGCAAGAGGCCAUCCUCACUGCUACUUUCUCCUAAGACUUAAACAAGGCUGCAAACCAAAACAUAUCAAGUUUGCAGGCAUCGGUACAACACUACAUGCUGCAUCUGCUGCACUACAGAUACGCGGGACCCUUACAUGGCGUGGAUGGGCUGUUUUUAAACAAAUUGUUCAGUAAUGAAGAUCAAAUCAGAGAAAUGUGUGAAAGAGGAUAGUGUUAAUGAUUUUAUUUGUUCUCUUGUAGUUCUUAAGUGUUUGUUUUUAAUGAAAAGCCUACUUCUGUUCCCUCCUGUCAUUCAGCAUGCCUGUAUUUAAGGAUGGAGGCACGAAGCCUUACUGACGGCGUUUACAAGGUGACUGUGAUGGACGCCUGUCAGGGGGAAAUCUACAGAUUCCAUGUUUCAGGAAUCGGAACUGCUUAUUUGUCUCGUGCACACAGGCUGCAUGAGUUACUGUUUACAUCAUAAAGUAGUGGGAGUGUAUUUGUGCAUUAACCUUGAAACAUGUAAGAAUGUGAGUGCUAAACUAGCAUUACACUUGAAGAUUUGAAAGUCUGUCGUGAUCACCAGGAGGAAGUUACCACUGAAACUGUUGAAUGUUUAUCAGACCAGUUUCAUUUCUUAUCUUACAAAUAUGAACUAAAGUUAAUUGUUUUAACCAUUUUACCAAACUGAAGCUUCAAAUCAGAAUAUUGGCAUUAAAGAGUAUAUUUUAAAAUAAAUCUGUUUUCAUGUAA